GCCGUAUGUCCCAUAGAUAUGAAGAGACGACACCCAAUACAGCUGCUGCUGCUGGGGGUGUGGAUGCCAGACAAGGUUGGCAGCUGUGUUGGAUGAGGCACUGGUGGAUAUGGUUGUGACUGAUACUCAGUCAUUUAAAGUGGUGAAGGACAAAGGCUUCAGGGCCUUUGUACAGAAGCUGGACCAACCUACAUCCUGCCGAUUCGCCAAGCCUUACAAGCCAUGAUUGAGAAGCGGCAUAAUGGGCUAAAGAGAAGGCAAAGCAGGAACUGGAGAAAGCCAAUCAGUUUAACUACAGACAUGUGGACGUCGAUGAACAUCAAUGCUUAUCUUGGGGUCACGUGCCACUUUAUAAAUGACAGAAUGGAGCUAGUGAUUGUUUUACUUGGUGUGGGACAUUUAACACAGUCCAACACAGCAGCAAAUUUGAGGGAUGCCAUGGAGCGACAAAUUAAUCAGUGGGGCUUGAGAGAAAGUCCAUUGUUCAGUCACAGACAAUAUGGCAAACAUGAUCUUUUGUGCCAAACCACUGGCUGUUAGAAAUGUACCAUGUCUGGCCCACAGUUUCAGUCUUAUUGUGAAGAAGGCACUGGAUCAAAAGCCCCCAUUUGCAAACAUUGAAACGAGAGGCCGAAAAAUUGUUGCAUUUUUUUCAGGACAAGCACAAAAGGCAAGGAAAAACUGGCAGAGAUGCAAACACAGCUGCAGAAGCUAGUUCACAAACCGAUUCAGGAAGUUUAGACCUGAUGGAACUCCACAUAUUUAAUGUUACAAAGACUGUAUGAACAACAGGAACCAGUUGGUUCGGCAGUGGCAUCCCUCACCACAGACAUUCCUCCUCUUACAUAUGCAGACAGUGAGCGCGUUGACAUUGUAGCACCUUUCCAUCUGGCUUUCACAGAGAUGUCAGCCGAAAAACGCGUUUCUGCCUCCAAAGUAAUUCCACUAAUCCGAAUGGUAGAGAGCAUAAACUGGCUGUAAAGGCAUCAACCAUUACAGUUUUUCACAAUUGCUAAAACACUAAACCCCAUUCUCUGAACCAAAUUCUCAGUGGUCUAAACUCAUUUUUCGAAUGAAACACUCUUUUGGCGAAAACUUAAACACUGUUCAGGUCCUAUGCUCAAUUUGCAAAACUCAUCUGCUCUUUUUUGCAAAAUCUUAGACACAUUCUCAUUCACUAAACACAUUUCACAACAUUCUUGCAAAAUUGUAAUCACUGGCAGCAAAAUGUGAACACAACUCCAACACAGCUGUCAUCUUUUACACACAACAACUCAAAAUUGAACACACAUGUCUCUGAUGAUGUGAUCAGACCAAGUGGGAAGGAUAAAAGCCAGUUCAGAGUGCACAGGUGGCACAUGUGCUUCCAUGGACAAUGGAUGGAAACAUACAGAGAGGCAGAGGAGUUUGUGUGAGAGGUGGUAGACGAGGAGGAAGGGAAAGACCUAGAACAGUAAUCAAGGAUGAAAUUUGGGCAACUAUUGUCCACCAUGUCCUGGUUCAUGGGAUGACAAUGAGAGAGGCAGGACAAAGAGUGCAACCCAAUUUGAGCAGGUUCUCUGUUGCCGGCAUCAUCAGGACAUUCAGAGAAGACAACAGAAUUGAAAGACAACCACAUGAGGGAGGAAGGCCUUCUAUGUUCUCCCAACAGCAAGAAAGACUCAUUGUUGACAUGGUCCUUCAACAUAAUGCCAUCCGACUCUGGGAUAUCCAGCAGAGAGUGAUUGAAGACCAUAUCAACUCUGAUGGAAUCAAUAGCGUGUCUCUGUCAACUAUUGAUCGUGUCCUCCAACGAAACAGACUCAGCAUGAAACAAGUGUACAGGGUACCCUUUGAGCGCAACUCUGCAAGCGUCAAAGAUCUAAGAUAUCAGUAUGUGCAGAGAGUGAUUGAACUGGAUUCCAUGGAAAGGCCCCAUGAAUACAUUUUCAUAGAUGAAACAGGGUUCAAUCUGGAAAAAAGGAGGCAGAGAGGCAGGAACAUAACUGGUCAACAUGCCAUUGUGGAAGUCCCUGGCCAGCGUGGUGGCAAUGUUACCCUUUGUGCAGCCAUAAGUAACUGGGGGGUUCUCCACCAUCAUGCAAACCUGGAGCCAUACAACACUGAACAUCUCCUGGCAUUUCUAGGUGGUCUACAGAAUGUUAUGACUGAACAUGAGCAGCAGAAUCAGCAAGAAGUGCAUCCUAUAUAUGUCAUAGUUUGGGACAAUGUGAGGUUUCACCAUGCUGUCCUGAUUUGUGAGUGGUUCACUAACAACCAGUGCUUCAUCAAGGUUUUCCUUCCACCCUACAGCCCCUUCCUGAAUCCAAUAGAGGAGUUUUUCUCUGCAUGGUGGUAGAAGGUCUAUGACCAACAGCCCUACACCAGGGAAAAUUUAUUGGAGGCAAUGGAAUAGGCCUGUGAUGAGAACUGCAGAUUCUUGUCAAGGCUGGGUUCAGCACAUCAGAGGGUUCAUCCCCUGUUGUCUGGCAAGGGAAAAUAUUGCCUGCGAUGUAGAUGAAGUCGUCUGGCCAGAUCCCGCACAAAGACAAGAUGUUGGAGACUGAAUCUCCAUGACUGUGACUAUGCAGUAGUGUGCUUUUAUUUUUUGUUAUGAAAGUGAAUUUAGAUAUCACUUUGACUUCGUUUUUUUUUUUUUUUUUGCUAAAUGCUUUUACAGUAAAACAUUUUCUGUUCACUACAUGGACUGCGUGCUGUGUCUUAAGUUAUUUCAUGUAGUAUCUAAUGAAUGAUCUGAGGUGAACAUGGUUUUUACUUGCUGUGUGUAAGAUCUGAACGCAUAGUUUGGUUUUGAACACAGGAGAACUGGUUUUGAGGUGAUGGUUUGAUUUUGACAGCAAAGUCUUAGGUUUUGUGAAUGUAGUUUGAAUUUUUGGAUUUGUGUUUAAGGUUUUGAGAAAAUGGGUAGAGGUUUCAAGAAAUGUGUUUUAGCAAUUGUGAAAAACUGUAAGAAGCAAACAGCACUGCAUCUGAUAACACAACUGCAGCAUGAGCUGCACAAGCGAUGCACAGUGGAAAAUGUCAGAGUUCUGGCCUCAACCACCAUCUUGGAUCCCAGGUUUAAAACAUUAGCCUUUAGAAAUGAAAAGCCAUGCACAAGAGACCAUGAGACAACUGACUGCAGAGUGCGCUGGAGGCAUGAGUGCUGAGAGUGGAAUGCCAUCAACCUCACAGGUAGAGAACCAUUUAUCCCUUUUUUUUUGUCACAGGGAGUGGUGAACCCAAGCAGAGACCACACAGACCACGGCAGGAUCAGGUUAACUAAUCAAUGGCUUUAUUAAAACAAAAGUUAAGAGAUACAAGGAACUAAAGAGGAUGGCAAGUCCAAGGGCAGAAUUACUGAUAACUAAAGCCAGGAAUGUCCUGCGACAGACUGGCGACCUGUCCAGGGUGUCCCCUGCCUUCACCUGAGUCAGCUGGGAUAGGCUCCAGCACCCCCACGACCCUAAUGAGGAUAAAGCGGUGUAUAGAGGAUGGAUGGAUGGAUAAAGCCAGGAAUAAACCAAGAGGGUUAAACUAAGACAAUUUUAUUGUGUUUUCCAUACCUCUCUAGUAACAUGUAUUAAAUGUUAUUAACUCCAUCAGUCAGCUGCCAACAUAAAACUUGGGCCUUCAGCAGAAGACAACUCGUGGGAUCUUUUGGACAGCAGAGUUGGUUUGUAUUAUGGCCUGUUAUUACUAUAUGCAUCAAUUUCUUAUAAAAGAUGGCUAAUUUCCCCAUUCUUUUUGUUUAGGAAGAACAACAAUCUGAAAGUGCUACUGCAGAUGCUACAGUAGAAGUGCAGAGGUAUCUAUCUGAGCCCUACCUUUCCAGAGGAGAAGACCUGCUCACUUACUGGGCAUCCCGUGUAUCCAAACCUCUUCAAGAGGGCCAAAAAAUAUCUCCACAUGCCAGCAACUUCUGUGCCAUGUGAGAGGCAAUCAGCCACAAAAGAAACAGAAUGAAACCAUGCACUGUCUAAAUGCUUUUCUUAUCAAAUAAAAACCUCUAA